AUGUGUCGAUCCAAGCUGAACCGAUGGUCAAUGGGUCAUAACAUAUAUCUUCCAUUUUCAACGCCAAUGCUUUGGAGAGAACAACAGAACCACGUAGAUGACUGCAAUUUUUGCUUAACGAACGUUAUGGGUAUAAAUUCAAAAAAUUUAGAAAGCCUGAAAUAUCCAGAAGUUUUAUCAGUAUCAAAGCCAGUUCCUCGUCACGAAAAUAUCCCUUUACCUGUUUUACCCACAACGCAUAUAAGCAUGGAAGCACUUGAGCGUGAAGGGCCUGGAUUUCAAUAUCUUAUUAAACUGUUCCCCAAAAUUUCUUACGAGAAAAUCAAAGAAGGAAUUUUUAUCGGACCAGAUAUAAGAAAAUUGAUUAAUGAUGACAACUUCACCAAAUGUUCUCCUACUGAAGCAGCAGCAUGGGCCUCAUUUAAGAGCGUCGUUCGUAAUUUCCUUGGAAACAGAAAAAGUAAAGACUACAAGGCAAUUGUCGCGGAUCUUUUGGACAAUUAUUUUAAAACGGAACCUAUAGUGACGAGGAAGGAGAGCCCUUACAUCAAGAUUUGCAGAAAAUUGAACUACCAAGGUUUUUCGGACGAGGGGAUGUUAAGCGAUGAUUGUUGGUCACUUAUACGUGAAACAAACCCAUACAAUUAUAAAAAACCCAUUUCAUCUGCACUCCAAUUUAAAAUGUGUCUUUCUAAAGCAAUUCCAAAUCAAGCAAACUACAACCCAACAGAUGCAACCCCCAAUUCUAAAAAGGCCAAACUCCACAAUCUCUCUCCAAAUGAAAAUACCAACCCCAUAAAAAGAAGCAAGACAAUAAGCUCUCUUAACAUUGAUACACAACUCCAAUUUCUGCAUCGACUUACACCCCCCCUAGCCCAAAGCAAUUCGCCUCAUCAACAUACACCCCCCACCUCAGACCAAUGUACCUCCAAUUGUUCUAAUAAACAAAGCCAGAUGGCAAACUCUUUCUAG